AUGGCUCUUGGUCAGCAGCUUCUGAGUGUUCAGACAUCCACUUCCUCUUCUCCUGCAAAGGCUGUUACUAACAGUACAACUGCUCAGACUGUAAAACCAGCAGUUCAGACAAUAACAGUUGGUGGUGUUAAUACAACACCACAGUUCAAAACUAUCAUACCGCUUGCAGCAGCUCCAAAUGUACAGCAGAUUCAAGUCCCCGGAAGCAAGUUUCAUUAUGUAAGACUUGUUACUGCAUCAACAGCAAGCAGCUCCACACCUAGUCAGAACCCAAGCACCAGCACUCAGCCUCUCCAGCAAGCUAAACCAGUAGUGGUAAAUGCUACGCCAGUGCGGAUGUCUGUUCCUAUAGUUCAAGCACAGGCUGUCAAACAAGUGGCCCCAAAACCAAUAAAUGCACCUUCACAGAUAGUGACCACCAGCCAACCACAGCAGCGACUUCUCAUGCCUGCUACACCAUUGGCACAAAUUCAGCCCAAUCUCACUAAUCUUCCUCCAGGUACUGUUCUGACACCUGCUCCAGGAACUGGAAACGUUGGCUAUGCCGUCCUACCUGCUCAGUAUGUGACUCAGUUGCAGCAGUCUUCAUAUGUUUCCAUAGCAAGCAAUGCAGGAUUAUCUGCUACUCAGAGUUCACAGAAUCAGCCCCGGGGACCGUUAAAUGGCAUAAUUUCUUCAGAAUCAACAAGUCGACCAAGAAAGCCAUGUAAUUGUACAAAAUCAUUGUGCCUGAAACUCUACUGUGACUGCUUUGCUAAUGGAGAGUUUUGCAACAACUGCAACUGUACAAAUUGCUACAAUAACCUAGAACAUGAAAACGAAAGACAAAAAGCAAUCAAGGCUUGUCUAGAUAGAAAUCCUGAAGCUUUCAAACCAAAAAUUGGUAAAGGAAAGGAAGGAGAGUCUGAUAGAAGACACAGCAAAGGAUGCAACUGUAAACGUUCUGGAUGUUUAAAAAACUACUGUGAAUGCUAUGAGGCUAAAAUCAUGUGCUCCUCAAUAUGUAAGUGUAUAGGUUGCAAAAAUUUUGAAGAGAGCCCAGAACGUAAGACACUAAUGCAUCUGGCAGAUGCAGCAGAAGUGAGAGUGCAGCAGCAAACUGCAGCCAAAACUAAGCUCUCCUCACAGAUCUCUGAUUUGCUCACAAGGCCAGCACCAUCGUUAACAAGUGGUGGGGGAAAGCUGCCGUUUACUUUUGUCACAAGAGAAGUUGCUGAAGCCACAUGCGAAUGCCUUCUUGCCCAGGCUGAGCAGGGAGAGAAGCUCUCAAAAUCCCAAGCUGCCACAGAGAGGAUGAUCCUAGAAGAGUUUGGACGUUGCCUAAUGAGGGUCAUCAACUCUGCAGGAAAAGCAAAAAGUGACCCUUGUACGAUGACUUGUUAA